AUUCUAGAUGGGAAAAUCGAUGGGCCUCUACGGCUUCAGUUUUCAAGCCUCGACGACUGAUUAAUUUAUCCGUUCAGACAACAAAGAAAAAAAAAAGGUAAAAUUUUCAGUUUCUUCUUUAACUAUCUUCUAUGUACUUUCUUGGUUCUUUCUUGGUUUUUCCUUGCCAUUGAUCAGAAACUAGCCGAGAGAGAGAGAAUAGUGCAAAGACUUUCUCACACACUGUCUAAAAAACCGCGUAAGAGAAAUGGUCUUCCUCCUCAGAUCUCUCCCUUUCACUUGAGAUAAAACCCUGAAACUUUCCCGCAUUUUCUUUCCCCUUCUUCUACAAAUUCAAAGUAAACUCAUCUGCUUGAAUUACCAAAAUCAUCUGCAAAAUUCCCAGAUUUCGAGAAAUGAUGGGAGGAAACCCAUCCAAGAAGAAGCAAAACAUUGAGUACGGUUCACCUACAACACCUGUACAUAUCAAGAUCAACUCAGCUUACACAGAACACUUGACCUCUUACGAACGAGCUUGCACCGAAGACCCAAAGCUCGAGUCUUUCGACUCAUCCCUUCACCAACGAACCAACCUCGUCAUCAACAAGCUCGCAGCGUCAUCAGGCGUAGAGAUCAAAUCUCUCUCCUUCGAAUCCCUCAGAGAGGUGACGCAGUGCCUUUUGGACAUGAACCAAGACGUGGUCAAAGUUAUAUUACAGGACAGAGAUGACAUAUGGAGCAAUCAAGACAUGUUCUCUCUUGUCAACAUGUACUUCGACAGCACCGCGAAGACCAUGGACUUCUGCUCUGAGCUCGAGAGCUGUCUCAACAGGGCGAGGAGAAGCCAAGUGAUUAUAAAGUUUGCUGUCAAGCAGUUCGAGGAAGAGGAUUACGAGAAGACGCUUGAGGAGCUCAAGAGGUUUACCUUAGCUGGCGAUCCGUUUUCGAAAGAGUUCUUCGCUCUCUUCGAUUCGGUGCAUAGACAUCAGGUUAUGAUGCUCGAGGAGCUUCAUAGGCUAAAGAGGAGGCUCGAUAAGAAGCUCAAGAGCGUCAAAACGUGGAGACGAGUUUCCAACGUGGUGUUUGUGACCGCGUUUGUCUCUGUGCUCAUCUUCUCGGUGGUCGCAGCCGCUGUGGCUGCGCCGCCUGUAGUGGCGGCUUUGGCCGGCGCGUUGACUGUUCCGGUGGGGUCUGUUGGGAAGUGGUGCAACUCUCUUUGGGAAAAGUAUGAGAAAGUGGUUAGAGGGCAGAAGGAGAUCGUUACGUCGAUUAGAAUCGGGACGUACGUGUCGGUUAGAGAGAUGGAUAAUAUAAGCGUGCUUGUGCGUAGAGUGGAAGUGGAGUUUGGGUCUUUGUUGAAGAACGCUGAGUUUGCGGUUAGCGAUGAGAGAGUGGUGAGGCUUGCUAUAGAUGAGAUCAAGAAGAAGCUUGAUGUGUUUACUGAAACCAUUGAAGAGCUUGGGAAGCAUGCGAGUAAGUAUUGUAGCGAUGUGACGAAGGCGAGGACUGUGAUUCUGCAGAGGAUAAUCAGAUACCCUACUGGUUCAACCACCGAAGAAGCUGCUUGGACCGAAAUGUUGUCGUGAGAAGGUGGAUUUCAGAUUAGUUGCUGUCUUUGAAGAUUGUUGAUUUGUUUUGUUUAGCACAAGUAUUAUUAUGAAUAGCUAAAGAGAAGUUAUCAAAGUAAAAAUGGAUAUUUUACUUAAUGUUAUUAGUUGCCCUGAUGUAACCUUUGCACAAUGCAUUAACUAAACUUGGUGGAAGAUUUUAUGCG